UCGGAGCAUCUGGAGGAGAGCUGGCCGGCUGGGGAGGUGGUGGAGGACGGGGAGAGCGAAGCAGAAGGAGGAUCCGGGAGUCAGCGAAAACAAAAAGGGGCGAAGCGGGGGAUCCUACAGAAGGAGGGUCAUCAUUCUUUCCUUUUUUAUGUUCUUUUAUUUUUGUUUUGAUCUUUUUUUCCACUUCUGCAUUGUGUUCAACAGUCACAAUGCCGUCCAACUCAGUCACCACCUCCACUGCAUUCAAGAGCUCUGACUUCAACUGUGACACGAAAGGGAAUCAAAUGAAUGAGAGCUCUAGAAUGGACACAGUGAUAACUGAUGAAAUGUCUUCGCUCUGCACUCCUGUCCGUAAGGUUGGACGGCCUGGUCGCAAACGCAAGCACCUCCCUCACAAAGGGGUGGAGCUCCUGUCGUCUUUGCAGUCUCAGAAUGGAGAUGUUGAGAGGCAUGAGAACAAGUCCCGUGAAGGUUGCCGCCCCACGCAGGACAAGAAUGCUACAGAAAACGGGCUCCCACGCCAGUCAGCUUGUCGGGCCGACUCAGCCUCCGAUUUGAGCAUGAGCCCAUCCCUGGGGAACGGAUUUGCUGUCAGCCAGGACAAGCCGGGAUCGGAGAAGUACGAAGACGACACACUGCCAACUCUGCCUCGCAAGAAACGAGGGAGGCGAAAACUGGAGCGGCCGACUAAAUACGUGGAGCACAAGGAGGACGAGGCUGGGGACUCUGCAAAGAAUGAGGGAGCUCGAGGGAGGCUCCGUGGGGGAGUGGGCUGGGAAAUCAGCCUCCGUCAAAGACCCAUGCCCAGAGUAACCUUCCAGGCCGGUGACCCUUAUUACAUUAGCAAGAGGACCAGGGAGGAGUUGCUGGCCAAGUGGAAGUUGGAGGCAGAGAAGAAGGCAAAACUGGUGUCUGUGAUGAACUCAAUGGAGGAACUUGGUGAGGUAGAGUCGGAGCCCCAGAAAGAGAGCUCCAUAACCUCCGUCCCACUGCUGUUUCCCCCACCAGCACCGCCAGCACAGCAGCAACCACCACAGCCUCAACCUCAGAUGAGCCUCAAACCCCAGCAGCAACCUCCACCAUUCCAACAGCAGCAGCAGCAUACGGAUCCAGCCUCUCCAACUGUUGCUACCACACCAGAGCCCGUAUCUAUAGGAAAUGGAGACAAGACCUCACCCAAGUCCACAGACACUGAGUCAGAGUACGAGGAUGGCAGAGGUUUCGGCAUUGGAGAGUUAGUUUGGGGGAAGUUACGAGGAUUCUCCUGGUGGCCAGGUCGCAUCGUGUCCUGGAUGAUGACUGGACGCAGCCGAGCGGCCGAAGGCACCAGAUGGGUCAUGUGGUUUGGUGAUGGCAAGUUUUCUGUGGUCUGUGUAGAAAAACUGUUGCCUUUGAGUUCUUUCCACAACGCCUUUCACCAGCCAACCUACAAUAAACAACCAAUGUACAAGAAAGCCAUCUUUGAGGUGCUACAGGUAGCCAGCACUAGAGCAGGCAAAACUUUUCUCACAUGCCCUGAGAGUGAUGACACUGACACCUCCAAGUCAGUAGACAUGCAAAACAAGCAAAUGAUUGAAUGGGCCAUAACCGGAUUUCAACCAACAGGACCUAAAGGUCUAGAGCCACCUGAAGAGGAGCGUAACCCAUACAAGGAAGUGUACCCAGAGAUGUGGGUGGAGCCAGAGGCGGCGACCUACAUGCCCCCACCAGCCAAAAAGCCUCGCAAGAGCACAGCGACAGAGAAACCCAAGGUCAAAGACAUCAUCGAUGAGAGGACUCGAGAGAGACUUGUAUACGAAGUUCGUCAAAAAUGUAGAAACAUUGAAGACAUCUGCAUCUCCUGUGGCAGCCUUAAUGUUUCCCUGGAGCAUCCACUCUUCACCGGAGGAAUGUGCCAAAGCUGUAAGAACUGCUUCCUAGAAUGUGCAUAUCAAUAUGACGAUGAUGGGUACCAGUCCUAUUGUACGAUCUGCUGUGGGGGGAGAGAAGUGCUCAUGUGUGGAAACAAUAACUGCUGCAGGUGUUUCUGCGUGGAAUGUGUGGAUCUGUUGGUGGGGCCCGGCGCAGCGCAGGCAGCUAUUAAAGAGGACCCGUGGAACUGCUAUAUGUGUGGACCAAAAGCUCAAUACGGCCUGCUGGAGCGCCGGGCAGACUGGCCUUGUAGGCUGCAACACUUCUUUGCCAACAAUCACGAUCAGGACUUUGAACCACCAAAGCUCUACCCUCCGGUUUUGGCAGAGAACAGAAAGCCCAUUCGUGUGCUGUCACUUUUUGAUGGGAUCGCAACAGGGCUGUUGGUUCUAAAGGAGCUGGGGAUCCAGGUGGAGCGCUACGUGGCCUCAGAAGUGUGUGAGGACUCCAUCACUGUGGGCAUCGUUCGGCACCAGGGACGCAUCAUGUAUGUGGGUGAUGUGAGGAACGUCACCCGCAAACACAUCCAGGAAUGGGGUCCAUUUGAUCUUGUCAUAGGUGGAAGUCCGUGCAAUGACCUCUCCAUAGUAAAUCCUGCAAGGAAAGGUCUCUACGAGGGCACAGGGCGGCUUUUCUUUGAGUUCUACCGGCUGUUACACGAGGCUCGACCUAAAGAAGGAGACAACAGGCCUUUUUUCUGGCUCUUUGAAAACGUGGUGGCCAUGGGCGUCAGCGACAAGAGGGACAUUUCUCGCUUUUUAGAGUGCAACCCAGUCAUGAUUGAUGCUAAGGAGGUAUCUGCUGCCCACAGAGCGCGUUACUUUUGGGGUAACCUGCCUGGCAUGAACAGACCGUUGACUGCCAUGUGCACUGAUAAACUGGACCUUCAAGACUGUCUAGAGCAUGGCAGGACAGCUAAGUUUGACAAAGUAAGGACCAUUACCACUCGGUCAAAUUCCAUAAAGCAGGGCAAAGACCAGCACUUCCCUGUCUUCAUGAAUGAGAAAGAAGACAUCCUGUGGUGCACUGAGAUGGAGAGGGUGUUUGGCUUCCCUGUCCACUACACAGACGUGUCUAACAUGAGCCGUCUGGCCAGGCAGAGGCUGCUGGGGCGGUCGUGGAGCGUCCCGGUCAUCCGUCACUUGUUUGCACCACUCAAAGAGUACUUCGCCUGCGUCUGAACACAGUACAGAUGAGAAAAAUCAAAACUGAUGUAAUACCGACAGCCUUGAAAUUGCGCUCUUGUAUGUUAUUAGCAAGUUAGACAUCAGAAAAGGUAUUUUAUGUUUGUUUUCCUCUGGUUUGGAAUAAUUGACUCUUUUUUUUAAAAAUUCUAUUUAAUUUUUGUAUUAUUCAUUUUACUUUUUAGCAGUGUUAUCCAGUAUUUGAAUUGUUUUAUGUGUGCAAGCUAUACUUGAGACAUGGCCUCCUUUUAAGGCACUGAGAGAUGAUAUAACAAUUUUCAGAGGCGUAAAUAAGGAAAGUUUAUCAGAUGUAAUACAUACUACAUGGUCAGAAGUGUGUGGACACCCCCUUCUAAUUAACAGCUUGGGCUAGGCCCCUUAAAGGGAUAGUUCAGCCAAAAAUGAAACUAUCGCCAUGAUAGUAAGUCAUUUACAGUGUAAGUGAAUGGGGCCAGAUGAAAAACGUUAAAAUACACACUGUUUCAAAAGUAUUGCCACAAGACGUUAACAUUAUAUGUGUGAACAUGAUUUUAGUGUGAUAAAAUCACUUAAUAACCUUAUUCAUUUGAAGUUAUAUCCAAAAUAACAACUUUAUUUUCAGGAUGACGUAACGCCGUAAACCCUGUAAUCUAGGAAACAGUGUAACAUCAGCGGUAAACCCUGAUUUUAACACAUGUAAAUCAUGUUAACAUGUAAAAUGUUUACAUCUUGUGGCUUUACUUUGGAAACAGUGUGUAUUUUAACGUUUGUCAUCUGGCCCAUUUCACUUCCAUUGUAAGUGCCUUACUGUAAACGUGAUUCGAAACAAGGGGCGAGUCGAAAUAAAUUUUGUGGUAAUCAACAUCUACUGAACCUGGAACAUUCCUCAAAUGCCAGUUGUUUUUAAAUGAAAUGGCCAACAAGCACAUAUGGUUAUGGUGUUUGGGUGUCCACGUACUUUAGGCCAGAUAGUGUAUAAAAAAAUAUAUAGCUGAAGCUUUUAAGUUAGCCCGAACAUUGACUGCCUGAGUGUUUGAUUGUCAGGCAGCGUUGAGGUGCUGACUGGUCUAAUUCUCAUGGUGCGCGUCUUUCCUCUCCUUCAGCAUCUGAGCCUUGGUGAGAGUGAAAAGAGGGUAUCUUUCUCUUCAGUGUCAGGGGAGCUCUGUCUUAACCAAUCCAAAACACCAGAUCACAAAUACCUCUUUGUUUACAGUUUCUAUACACAACUGAAGGUAAUAAAAGGUACUACUGUAAUAGGUGACAAUAUGGUGCUUCAAGGUGGUGAAAAACAUUGCAACUCAUGUGAUGCUACUUCUCAAAACAAGAUGGGGGGGGGGGGGGGUCACGUUUUGUACCGUCGCUAGGUAAAACGAAUGACGCUAAAUCUUCGACAGGUCAAACCAGGUCUGCCACAUAUCAUUUAAUAUCUUUUACAGCCUUUUUGUACAAUAUCCUCUGGUGCUCUUUUAAAAAGAAAACACCUCAGCCUUUCAAUCUUUGAGGUCUGCUUCCUACGUUAUGCCUACAAUCGGAGCGCAUGACAACCAGCCACAUGGGCGGUGAUGUUUUUUGUCAUCCAUACCUUGAAAUCAAAGGCUGUAGUGAGCUAAUUUUUUUCUAGUGUCACACAGACCAGAAUCAUUACUGUACAACUCGUAGUGUGCGUGGCGGCCGCGGAAGGGUGACGUAGGUCCUUUCCCGGCCAGGUGGAUCAACCUUCGACUGUGGUGCGCGCGCAGACUAUUUUCAGUCAGGUGCAAAACUUUAAAAGGCGUGGCUUCACAAUGUUCUUCUACCUUUUUAUAGCAAAUUUUGUGCUGUGUUACCAACAAUAUCAAGCACUUUUGUACAUGUAUACUUCUUUAUUUCUUUGAUAUUUUUUAAAAAUCUUUCCUCUUGAUUCUUGUGAACUGUUUUUUGGGUUAUGUUAAAUGAUGUGAAACUCUUGCCGUUAUAUAAGGUAAUACUUUGUUGUGUACAGUAGGGCUGUGCCAAUGCAUAGAUGUGAAAGAAUGAGCUAGGAUAGAAUAAGUCCAUCUGUCGUGCUGGUGGGGAAGUGGCUGAAUUCAAACACCACCCCUCUCAUGUUCUCACGUGCUACAGAGUCGCUUUAUCAUAACGCGUGUCGAGAAAGUAGUGUCUGCUCACAGCUCUACCGGUAUAUAAUCCCUGUAGGAAAUUAGUCGUUUUCACGGAUGGGGUGUCAUUAUGACACAAUCAUUAACUACGUCUGGUCCUUAGCGUAGAUCUGAAAACAUAAUUAUGGAUGUUGACCAUGUCAAUAAUUUAGUUUUAACAUGCAAGCUAUGUAAUAGAUGAGGCUAAAUUUGUGAAUUUUGUUAGAAACGGGCUCUAAUGAAAACCUUGUUAGCUUCUUUUUUUUAUUUAAGGCAUUGCACUGCUUACAUACCUUAAACUUUUUUCAUGUUCAGCAAUGUUUCUUGUUAUUUUCCAAAUGCCCAGAUUUUUUGUUUUGUUUUGUUUUUUUGUACAUUUUGUACAUAGAAAUUGUCUGUUGCUUUUUUUUUAAAUGACCUAUGAGAUGUACAAAUAUAAUUCUUUGCUAAUAUAUUAUAAUAGAAUCAAAACAGCGCUCAAAACGCAAAGAGAGGGUGUAAUUGACACAGUAGCAACAGGUAAAUUGACAUAAGCUAUAAAGCAGCAGGGUGUUAGAACUGCGUGUCUUUUGUAAUUCAUAUUUAUAUGUGUUGAAUGGGGGGGGAACUAAUCACUUAGCAAAUGAGUUUGCUAAGUGAUUUUAACAGUCCCAUCUUUACUGCACAGCCCUACAUACAAAAGUGUUUUUUAAUUAGAUUUCUUUUUUUUUUUUUUUAAGUAAUAAGAGAGGGAUUGUAGGUGUUUCAUAAGGUGCUAAACAUUUUAUCUAAUUGAGAAAAAUAUAUUAUUUGGAAAAGAAUUAAACUUGUCUUGAUAUAUAUAUUUUUUUUUUCCUGGUGAUAUUGGAGAAGCACUAUUAUUUUACUCUCUCAUAUAAAGAUAUUAACAAAGGCAUUUUAACUUUGUACUUGAAAAAAAUAAUAAAUGAUGAAAGAUUCUUAUAUUGUUUUAGAAUAGACAUUGCUGUAGUUGGUGCUUAUCUGUGGAAAAUCAUGUA